CAUCUCUGCGUUGGUGUGAUGAGCAGCUCCAGCCGGAUUCCCCGCUCCUGGCUGAAGCCAGUAAGGCCAUGGCCAAAGCCAGCUGAAGGUUAUUUUUUAAUUAUGCAGUGCAGGUAAACAAGGUAAUUUAGCUGAAAGAUAAUGCAGUGAAAUUAAUGCUGCAGGAAUGCGAUGCAGACUCUGUCUGUCUUGUAUUUUAAGGUGCUCAUCUUUGCUCUUUUGUGUAAAUCAAUGCUCUUGCACUGGAGCAGUGAGGAAGCAGAUGGACCUGUGGAGCCACACUCUGUCGCGCUGCCUCGGUUCACAGGACUCCUAGGAUGAGGCUGCUGUGAAGGACCAGCGGAUCCCCUGCCCGCGCUGCUGCAGAUUCCCCGCCGCCCCAUUCUGGCCGGAGCACCGUCGCCGCCGGGCAGAAUGACUGUUGGGUGCCCCAUGCAGCCCCCGUUCCUGGGGAGGACUUGGCUCCCCGUGCUGCUGCUGGCGGCCUCUGCUCACUGCCACUGGCCCAGUGAGCCGGCAGACGUGGUUCGGGACUGGGAACACCAGCUGGAGGCCUCCAUGCACUCUGUGCUCUCGGACCUCCGGGAGGCCGUGCCGGCCGUGGUGGGCAUACCGGACAGCUCUGCCGUGGUGGGACGCUUCUUCAGAGUCUCCAUCCCCACGGAUUUAAUUGCUUCCAAUGGAGAGAUUGUCCAGAUCUCUGAAGCUGGGAAGGACUCCUUGCCUUCUUGGUUACACUGGAACGCGGAGAGCAGCUCCCUGGAAGGGCUGCCCCUUGACACGGACAAGGGCGUCCACUACAUCUCGGUGACCACGCUGCAGCCCUUCCCCAACGGGAGCUACGUGCCGCAGACCGCAAACGUCUUCUCUGUUGAGGUCCACCAAGAAGACCACAACGAGCCUCAGUCGGUGCGAGUGGCCGUCCAAGACACGGGUGACGCGGCGCCAUUCGUGUGUGGCUCGGAAGAGCCGGUCACUAUCCUGACCGUCAUUUUGGAUGCUGACUUAACAAAAAUGACACCAAAGCAGAGGAUUGAACUCUUAAACAGAAUGAGAAGCUUCUCAGAGGUGGAACUUCAUAACAUGAAGUUGGUUCCUGUUGUAAAUAACAGACUUUUUGACAUGUCAGCCUUCAUGGCUGGACCGGGAAAUGCGAAGAAGGUGGUGGAAAAUGGGGCCUUACUCUCCUGGAAACUGGGAUGUUCUCUGAGCCAAAACAGUGUCCCCAACAUCAGCAAGGUGGAGGCUCCAGCUAAGGAAGGAACCAUGUCUGCUCGCCUCGGCUACCCUGUUGUUGGCUGGCACAUUGCUAACAAGAAACCUCACCUCCCAAAGAGGAUGCGGCGGCAGAUCAACGCCACCCCCACGCCUCUCACUGCCAUCGGGCCGCCCACCACUGCCGCGCAAGAACCACCGGCCAGGAUCGUCCCCACCCCGACAUCGCCCGCCAUCGCGCCUCCCACGGAGACAACAGCACCCCCCGUCCGGGAGCCCAUACCACUGCCCAGGAAGCCCACGGUCACCAUCAGAACGAGAGGCCCCAUCGUCCAGACCCCCACUCUGGGGCCGAUCCAGCCAACCAGGGUCACAGAAGGCACCGGCACGGCCUCGGUGCCGAUUCGCCCCACGAUGCCUGGGUACAUUGAGCCCACAGCGGUGAUGACACCGCCCACAACCACCACCAAGAAACCCAGAGUUUCCACUCUGAAGCCAGCCACUCCAUCCACGACGGAUUCCUCCACAGCGACGACACGAAGACCUACUCGAAGACCCAAAACGCCCCGUCCCACGAAGCCUCCCAGCACCACCAGAUCCCCCAUCUCCAAGCUGACAACAGCCUCCCCGCCGACCCGCGUGCGCACCACAGCCAGCGGGGUCCCCCGGCCCUGGGAGCCAAAUGAGCCGCCCAAGCUGACAAACCACAUCGACAGGGUUGAUGCGUGGGAGGGCACCUACUUCGAGGUUAAAAUCCCAUCAGAUACUUUCUACGACAAGGAAGAUACCACCACUGACAAGCUGCAGCUGACCUUGAAGCUGAAGGAGCAGCAGAUGCUGGAGGAGAAUUCAUGGGUGCAGUUCAACAGCACCAGCCAGCUGAUGUACGGCAUGCCAGACCGCAGCCACGUCGGGAAGCAUGAGUACUUCAUGUACGCCACCGACAAGGGCGGGCUCUUCGCCGUGGAUGCUUUCGAAAUCCACGUCCACAAACGCCCCCAUGGGGACAAGUCUCCGGUGAAGUUCAAGGCCAGGCUGGAAGGGGACCACAAUGCGGUGGUGAACGACAUCAAUAAGAAGAUCAUGCUGGUGAAGAAGCUGGCUCUGGCCUUUGGCGACAGGAACAGCAGCACCAUCACGGUGCAGGACAUCGCCAAAGGCUCCAUCGUGGUGGAGUGGACAAACAACACGCUGCCGCUGGAGCCCUGCCCCCGGGAGCAGAUCCGGACUUUGAGCAAAAAAAUUGCAGAUGACUCUGGCGGGCCGAGCCCGGCUUUCUCCAACGUCCUGCAGCCCGAGUUCAAGCCCCUGAACGUGUCGGUGGUCGGCUCAGGCAGCUGCAGGCACAUCCAGUUCAUCCCCGUGACGAAGGAUGGAAGAGUGAUCUCGGAGGCGACACCGACGGUGGCAGCGGGCAAAGACCCUGAGAAGAGCAGCGAGGAUGACGUGUACCUGCACACGGUCAUCCCUGCCGUGGUGGUGGCCGCCAUCCUCCUCGUGGCCGGCAUUAUCGCCAUGAUCUGCUACCGCAAGAAGAGGAAAGGGAAGCUGACCAUCGAAGACCAGGCCACCUUCAUAAAGAAAGGUGUCCCUAUCAUCUUCGCCGAUGAGCUGGACGACUCCAAGCCCCCGCCGUCCUCCAGCAUGCCCCUCAUCCUCCAGGAGGAGAAAGCCCCGCUGCCCCCCCCAGAGUACCCCAACCAGAGCAUGCCGGAGACCACGCCGCUCAACCAGGACACCAUCGGGGAGUACACGCCGCUGCGGGACGAGGACCCCAACGCGCCGCCCUACCAGCCUCCCCCCCCCUUCACCGCACCCAUGGAGGGGAAAGGCUCCCGCCCGAAGAACAUGACCCCGUACAGGUCCCCACCGCCCUACGUCCCCCCGUAACGACCGGGAGGCUCUCGGGGGGAGAAGGGGCCUCCAGCUCCACACCGGUGCUGUCUGUGGGCCGGCAGCCCCCUCGCCAGCCGGGAACCCUAAACCCCAGCCGGCCCUCCCUGGCUGUGCCCGCCGCACCGGAGCACUCGCGGGACUCGCGGGGACACUCGUUUUAUUUUUGCCUAACAAGCUUUGGUUUUAUUUUAUUCAUAGAAAAAAAAAAAAUCUCGGCUCAAACACGCCUUCCCGGUGGCCGGGGCUUCUGGCCGGGGCGGAGGCGGCGGGCGGGGAGGGGGACGGGGGUUUGGGUCGGGGGUCGGGAGGCGCAGGCAGCACUGGGGUAGCACUCUGGGUCUCCGCUGUUUGCCUUUAACACUAACUGUACUGUUUUUUCUAUUCACGUGUGUCUAGCUACAGGACGUAACAUGAAAGGUAGCCUAAAAAUAAUUAAAUUCAAGGGACUUUCUGAA